AUGCGCGGAGGCUCUUUUCGUCUACCUGCUAGUAUUAUUACUUCCCCGCUCCUCGCAUUCCCAAACACCCGUCCUGUCUCGCUGCCCAUUUCCCUACUCCACUUUUGGCCAGCAGCAGUCAGGACCAUGGCUUCAACCUCUCACUCACCUCCACGCAGAUUCCCUUCGUCGGGGUUUGUGGUUCUCGACCCAAAGCUGAAGGUAGAAGAGGAGGAACUACCCUCCUAUGUUCCAGGAGAUUUUUACCCAGUUACAAUUGGUGAGGUCUUCGUGGAGAGAUACCAAGUAGUAGCUAAACUUGGCUUUGUAUGUACUUCACACAAACAGCAAAAUAAUGAGAUUACCAUCUGCAACCAUCUCAAGGCGAGCAACAUCGAGCACCCCGGAACACCAUUUGUUCGCAUGAUACUCGAUUCUUUCAACAUCAUGGGUCCAACUGGGAACCAACACCAGUGCUUGCUUUACCAACCUCUUGGGAUGAGCUACACGGAAUUUCUUGAUUUGUUUCCCAACAAGCAGAUGCCUGAGACCCUGCUUCAGAGGAGCAUGCAGUUGAUACUCUUGGGGCUAGACUAUUUACAUAAAGCCAAGGUUGUCCACACAGACAUAUCUGCAAAUAACAUUCUCCAAGGGAUCACCAAUCUUACAGCCCUUUCUGAAAUUGAAGAGGGUGAGGCCAGCCAGCCAAUCGCUAGAAAGGUUCUUGAUGACCGCACGAUCUAUAUCUCGCGACCCAUGCCGAUAAACACAGGAUUACCUGUUCUCUGCGACUUUGGUGAAGCCCACAUCGGUGACAAGCACAAUGGCGAUGUCAUGCCAGGGAUUUACCGGGCCCCGGAGGUUAUUCUGGGCAUGGAAUGGGAUUGUAAAGUGGAUAUUUGGGCAGUCGGCCUCACAACCUGGGAUCUCCUCGAAACGGGAAACCUUUUUUUUGCAAGAAAAGACGGCCUACUGAAUGAUGAACAGCACCUAGCUGAAAUGGUGUCACUUCUUGGGCCCCCGCCUCGAGAGUUCAUAAGACGAAGCAACAAGUGUCUUCAGUACUGGGAUGAAAAUGCAAACUGGAAAGGAUCUAUUCCUAUCCCGGAGCAAUCUUUUGAGAUUCGCGAGCGGAGCCUGGAAAGGGAUGCCCGUACCAUGUUCUUACAUUUCCUGCGAUCGGCGCUCGCAUGGUUACCUGAAGAGAGGCUUCCAGCCGAAGAUCUGGCACGGCACGCAUUUCUUAUGCAGCCCCUACUGGCUGCAGGUGGUCCGAAACAUCAUCCUUAA